AUGGCCAUGAAGCGCUGCCAGCACAUGGUGCUGGGUACCAACGCCACCCACAUCAACCAAAUAUGCAAGCCCAAGAUUACAAAGACGCCGCUCAAGUCGUACAAGACGGCCAAUGCGGCCCUUCUCAACAAGAACGUGCCCCCGAGGUUGCGUUGGGGCCUGAAUGCCCGCUCCGCCGGCCAAUCCCUGCAGGCCUUGCGCACCAACCGCAUUACUCGCACCAUGAAGUGCAACAGCGUCCUGGCCGCUGCUUACUCGCCCCAGGCCUAUGGUCUGACCGCUGCUCGCGCCGCCACCAGCGCUGGCAGGCAACAAACACGUGCCUUCGCGGCCGUGCCCCAGCCCUCUGAGCAGGAGCAACCCCCGGCUGCCUCCAUCCUGGGCGACACCCGCGUCUCGUUCAUUGGUGCCGGCAAGAUGGCCGAGGCCAUCAUGAGCGGUGUCCUCCGCUCGGGUCGCGUGACCUCGGAUCGCGUCAUGGCCUGCGACCCCAACCAGUCUCGUCGUUCCGAACUCAAGGACAAGUACGAGGUGGCCGUCACCAACGACAACGCGGCUGCCCUGGAAGGUGCCGACAUUGUCAUGCUGGCCGUCAAGCCCCAAACCAUGUCUCGCCUCUUCCAACAGCUUCAGGGCAAGGUCAACAAGAACACGCUCAUCAUCAGUGUGGUGGCUGGCUACACCAUUGACCAGAUUCAGCGCGGCCUGGGCACCGACGCCGUCAUUCGUGCCAUGCCCAACACCCCCGCCCUCAUCCAAGAAUCUGUCACCUGCUGGACCGUCUCCCCUACCGUGACCCAGGCCCAGCGCCUCCAAGCCCGUGAACUUCUCAAGACCUUUGGCAAGGAAAUCUACCUGGCCGAGGAGGAGAAGAUGGACAUGGCCACCGCCCUGGCCGGCUCAGGCCCCGCCAUGUGCCACUUGAUGCUUGAGGCCAUGAUUGACACCGGUGUCCACAUGGGUGUGCCACGUGAAACAGCCCGCGACAUGGUUCUCAACACCAUGCGCGGUGCCGUCAACCUCACCCUCCAAAGUGGUGGCGCUCAUCCCAGCACCCUUCGCAACGACAUCACCUCGCCCGGUGGUACCACCGCUGCCGCCCUCUACGAGAUUGAGCGUGGAGGUCUCCGUACUGUCAUGUCGGAUGCCAUCUGGGCAGCCUACCGUCGCUCCCGUGAGCUUGGUGGCCUCGACUCUUGCGUCGGCCCCGGCCGCUUCCACUACAACGCGAGUCUGGAGCUCCCUGAAGAGCUGGUCGAGAACCUUCAGCAGGUCACCGAGUCUAUGAACGACAUCAAGGAUGAACUCGCGGAUCAAGUUGCCACCCACCGCGAGUAA